AUGCCCUCCAACUCCCAAAAUGUGGGCAUCAAGGCCCUGGAAAUUUAUUUCCCUAGUCGGUACGUGCCACAAAGCGAGCUAGAGACCUAUCUCGGGGCCAGUACUGGAAAAUUUACCAUUGGCCUGGCUCAGCAGAAGAUGAGCUUCUGUGAUGAUCGUGAAGAUCUCUAUUCUAUGGCCCUCACGGCAGUCUCGUCCCUGUUGGAAAAGUACCGGAUUGACCCAAAUACCAUUGGCCGCUUGGAAGUGGGAACAGAAACGUUACUCGACAAAUCCAAGUCUUGCAAGUCAGUGCUCAUGCAACUGUUCGGCGAGAACACGGAUAUCGAGGGAGUCGAUACUUACAAUGCCUGCUAUGGUGGAACUAAUGCCUUGUUAAAUGCAAUCAACUGGGUCGAAUCAUCCGCGUGGGAUGGUCGCAACGCUAUUGUCGUAGCAGGUGACAUCGCUCUCUACGAUAAGCCCGCCGCGCGUCCUACUGGUGGCGCCGGCUGUGUGGCUAUGCUAAUUGGCGCCGAUGCGCCUCUCGUGCUGGAGCCCUUCCGCGGAUCGUAUAUGAAGCACGUCUACGACUUCUAUAAGGGGGACUUCAAAUCGGAGUACCCACUUGUUGAUGGACAGUACUCUAACACAUGUUACCUUGAGGCUUUGGACAACUGCUAUCAACGGUAUCGUACUAAAUCUCUAGCUAAAAGUGGUGGGUUGCCAAGCGGAGAUGAAAAGUCCCAGGGGAGCUUCUUGGAUACCUUUCAGUAUUUCGUCUUUCACGCGCCUAACUGCAAGCUCGUCUCUAAGGCCUACGGUCGUCUGCUGUUCAACGAUCUCCGCACAGAGCCCAACCACUUUGAUGAUAUUCCAGCAAUGGUCCGCGAUGUUGAGUACACUGCGUCUCUGACGGACAAAGAAGUUGAGAAGACUUGUAUCGGGUUGACCAAGAAAAGGUUCUCCGAGCGUGUCCAACCAUCUAUUACUGCACCCACAAAUUGUGGGAACAUUGAGGAACUGCAGAACAAGCGCAUCGGCAUGUUCAGUUACGGCAGUGGCCUGGCUAGCACUCUGUUUAGCUUUCGUGUCACAGGCGAUACUUCUGGCAUUGCGCAGCAGGUCCAAUUGAAUGAGCGCUUGGAAGCUCGCACGGCGGUCUCGCCGGAGUUUUAUAACGAGAUGUGCAACCUCCGGGAAACAGCCUAUCAGCAGAAGAGCUAUACCCCUAUGGGAAGCGUCGAUAGUCUAGCUCCGGGUACUUACUACCUUGUUCACGUUGACGAGAUGUUUCGACGAAGCUAUGAAAAAAAGCCGGCCGUCUGA